GGGGAGAAAAGUAUUCGAAAUCUCUUUUUGAAAAACAAAAAUUGUAACAUGAGAAACAAGUUGUAAUACAAGGCGUAAAAGUCAUAUUUCUGCAAAAGGGCAAACAUUUUUUUCUUGUUACAUCGGAAUGAUUUUAGUUCAAAUCUUGCUAUUUUUCCUGGUAAGCCUGUUACGUCUGCAUUUUUAUUGUUUUAGGGUUGUAUUCGUCUUGUUUUGUAAAAGUUCCUUAAUGUGAUUUUUUUUAAAGUAAAAACAAAAAGGACAGUCACGGAAAGAAAGAAAAAGGAUUCAAAAGCUCUUCGCUGAACGUGCCGUGACGUCACAGUGGGUCAUUUGAAGGUCAGAGCUCGGAGGCGGGUCACGCAGAGUUCAGGCCGAGUGCUCACUGACUCCUUUUUCUUCUUCGUGUACUCCUCGAGUGUGGACCCGUCCAACUUUUUGGUUUUGCUUCAAAACAACAAACUCUGCUGCUUGUGCUCCACGACGCACCGACAAAGAAAACCACCUAAUUUUCAUAAACAAUAGGAACAAUAAGACAAAGAAGACGAAAAGAUGUUCGACUAUAUGGACCUUCAGGUGUUCGGCAGCGCGGAGCCGGCGAGCCCGUGCGAGGUGACGGCCGGCAGCCCGGACUGCACAGGCCGGCGUCGCCUGGAGCGUCACUCGGAGAACCACCGCCGAGGGCAGCGGCGCGGUGCGGCCGAACAUCCGGAGCUCUUCCCCGGACACUGGCAGUCCGUGGUAAGCCCCAGCAGUUUGUCCAGUUGCGAGCACGCGUUGAGCAACUGCGCCGCCUCCCCUCCGCCACCUCGCACCUACAAACCCUGCUUCAUCUGCCAGGACAAGUCAUCAGGGUACCACUACGGUGUCAGUGCCUGUGAGGGCUGCAAGGGUUUCUUUCGCCGUAGCGUCCAGAAGAAAAUGUCUUACACGUGUCAGCGAGACAGGAAGUGUGUCAUCACCAAGGUGACCAGGAACACGUGUCAGUACUGCAGGCUACACAAGUGUUUGGCUGUCGGCAUGUCCCAACAAUCGGUGAGGAAUGACAGAACGAGUCAGAAGAAGGCCAAGAAGGAGGACGAGGUUCUCAAGAUGGCCAUCGGCGACACGUACGAGAUGACGGCCGAGCUGGACGCCAUCGUGGAGAAGAUCUGCAGGGCGCACAGGGACACGUUCCCACCUCUGCGCCAACUCGGACAAUACACCACAAGGUCCAGCUCUGAGCAGAGGAUCCGGUUGGACUUGGGUCUUUGGGACAAGUUCAGCGAGCUGGCCACCAGGUGCAUCAUCAAGGUGGUCGAGUUUGCCAAGAGGGUGCCCGGGUUUACCAGUCUCCACAUGGCCGACCAGAUCACCCUGCUUCGGGCCGCCUGCCUGGACAUGCUGAUUCUGAGGAUUUGUGCUCGCUACACACCCGACAAGGACACCAUGACCUUCUCGGACGGCCUGACCCUAACUCGAACUCAGAUCCACAAUGCCGGCUUUGGGCCGCUCACAGAUCCGGUUUUCACCUUCGCUGGACAGAUGGUGCCUCUGCAGAUGGAUGACGCCGAGAGCGGACUCCUCAGCGCCAUCUGCCUCGUCUCCGGGGAUCGGCAGGACCUCAAGGAGCCGUCCAAGGUGGAGGUUCUACAGGAGCCUCUGCUGGAGGCACUGAAAAUCUACUCGCGAAAACGUCGACCCAGUGCACAACUCCUGUUCCCCAGGGCGCUCAUGAAGAUAACAGACUUGCGCAGCAUCAGCGCGAAAGGAGCUGAGCGUGUGGUCACACUAAAGAUGGAAAUCCCGGGCGCCAUGCCACCUCUGAUCCAGGAGAUGCUGGAUGAGGUCCCGGAAAACAAAGACGAUAGCCAACUCUCGGACGGUCGAGGGAUGCGCUCGUCAACUUGACCAUCUCAGGAAACAACAAGAAAAAAAUCUAACCUUUUCUAAGAUUUUCCGGAUGUAUUUAUAUUGCUCAGACAGCUCAUGGAUCUAUUUUACCUCAUGUUAAAUGUCAGGGUACACAGUAGGAGUUAGUUUCUGGACUGCUUUUGGACAGUUUGCACCUUUUACAGGCAUUGAAAAGGUCCAAAAUGGUAGCGAGCGAGAGAAACGGUAUUACCGUCCCAUUCCUUUGGGUACUAAAAUCCAGUUUACACAGAGUAGCAAGUAUAACAUCUGCUCUGUGCCACUUUUGGGCGCCAUCAAAAAAGGGCGGGGCUAGACACAGUGCUGCGUUUUGAUUGGUGUACCAAGAAUGAGCACUUGCAAUUGGGUCAUGAAGACAUAAAAAAGACCAUCUUAACUUUUUUUGUGAAGUUUACAUUUGACAAGUGACAAGAAUGUACAUUUUAGGAAAAAUGUUUACAUUCCAUUCGAAUACUGGUCACUUGUUUGUACGCCGCGUGAUUGGAAAAGCUGAAUAGUGUCCGUGUGUAAUUGGAUUUUUCCAUAAAGGGUAAAAAAAGAUUCAGAGGCGAGUUCAUAAUUGACUUGCCACGUGGGCCCGUGAGCCUGCAUGUGAGCGGAAACACGUGUUAAUCACACACGGCACCGUUCGCAUCAUGUCACUAACUUAGAACGAGAGCUCUCAGCGACUUCUGAAACUGUUUUUGAUAUAUCAAUAUUUUUUGCCCCCAAGAGCCUCGUGCAUAAUCCUAACAGCAACUAAACAUGAAGACAAAGGUUAACAAAGUCAGAUUUCAGCAAGUGAAUUACAAAAAUUGAAUGAUGUAUUUUAUCCUGGAAAAGAGGACACCAAGGCACUACUUUUCUGUUGGAGGGGGGUUGCCUGUUGCACAAAAACAGCAAAUAGGCAAAUAUUUCAGCAACUAUGGGAGGAUAGAUUUAAAAAGAGAAGCCACAAAUUCACAAACAGGCAGGUAACACUGUCAUUACGUAUAUCUUUUGUUUUUAGGAAAAUAUCGGGUCUAUAUUCUUCUAAAAAUUUUAAUCUGAUGAUAGGUCACAAUCUUAUCUGAGCUUUUAAUUGGGUGAAAGCGAAGUAAGGCAAGACUAUUUAUUCAAUGGUGCAAAUGUCCCAUAUGUAGGUAUUCACUUUCUCAAAUGAUACCAUUUUAAUUACCGCAGGUUAUUUUUUGGACCCCCAGUUCUCCCACCCCCAAAGAAGCCACAGUUUGAGAACCAGUGACGGAAUCUACUGCCAAGUCUAGCUUCAAGCUAAUGUUGCGAUCUUUUAUGACGCCUUAACAAGUGUUUCAGAGCUGAGACUGUCAAGUAUUAGGUACCUCAGCUAAGCAUCCCUUGAUGUCUGUAGAAAGCAACGUUGCCAUGGCAACCUCUUAACAACAGCACAAGUCUCAUUUCAGAGCCGCUUGCUUAACAAUGGUGUGUACUUUUUGUCAUUAAAAUAUUUAACACCCGCUGACUACAUUUACAAUGAUUUAAAAUUGGUUAUGAUUCAGUUCUUUUGAGCGUUACACUCCCCUCUACAGGCGUAUCAAAGCACUACAUGACAGUACAGGUACAAUCCUUGGGGUUUAACAAACCACAACGCAUAGCAUUUUGAGGGUUUUCACAUAUUCCAUGUUUUAAUAAUAAUGCUCCGAUUCAAUCGGAAGGCAUCCAAGAUGAACUACAAAGCUUUUUUUGUGCAGAGAUUUUCUUUCUCCAUGUCGAUUAAAGUGCAAAACUGAAGAAAGCGACUAAAACAGCAAAAGCUUCCUUACCUGAAUACAAGCCACGUGUCACGUGAUAUUGGUGCAAA